AACACAUGCAACUCUGUAGUCCGCCUUCACGCCAAUACUUAUUAACUUUGGGAUUCCAUUUUUAUAGCAAACUCUGCACCUUAGAUAAUGCAUCUGACACAGGUUCUGAUUUAUCUGAGUUUCAUGGUUGCUUUCGGUCCAGUGGGUCUUGGUGAUCAAACCGCGCACCACCAGCCCCCUGCCACAGAUAACGGCGAGCAGUGCUCAACAUGCGAGGUCCGACAGCAGAUCAAAAACAUGAGAUUACACGCAAUCAAGUCCCAAAUUCUUAGCAAACUGCGACUCAAGCAAGCUCCCAAUAUCAGCCGAGAUGUUGUCAAGCAACUCCUGCCAAAGGCACCACCUUUGCAGCAACUUCUUGACCAGUACGAUGUACUUGGAGAUGACAGUAAGGAUGGAGUUAUGGAAGAAGAUGAUGAACAUGCCAUCACAGAAACAAUCAUGACAAUGGCCACUGAACCCGAAUCCAUCGUCCAAGUUGAUCGGAAACCCAAGUGUUGCUUGUUCUCCUUCAGUUCGAAGAUUCAGGUGAACCGCAUAGUUCAUGCGCAGCUAUGGGUGCACCUUCGGCCAGCUGACGAAGUCACCACCGUGUUCCUACAAAUCUCCCGCCUGAUGCCUGUCACGGACGGGGGCAGGCACAUAGGUAUCCGGUCUCUAAAGAUCGACGUGAAUGCAGGAGUCAGCUCUUGGCAAAGUAUCGACGUGAAACAAGUGCUGUCGGUGUGGCUGCGGCAGCCGGAGACGAAUUGGGGGAUCGAGAUUAAUGCGUUCGACUCGAAGGGAAAUGAUCUGGCCGUUACCUCAGCAGAAGCGGGAGAAGGACUGCAACCCUUCAUGGAGGUGACGAUUUCGGAGGGCCCGAAGCGCUCCAGGAGAGACUCGGGCCUGGACUGUGACGAGAACUCCCCAGAGUCCCGCUGCUGCCGCUACCCCCUCACGGUGGACUUUGAAGACUUUGGCUGGGACUGGAUUAUUGCCCCCAAACGCUACAAGGCCAACUACUGCUCUGGUGAGUGCGAGUACAUGCACCUGCAGAAGUACCCCCACACCCACCUGGUGAACAAGGCUAACCCCCGGGGCACCGCAGGGCCCUGCUGCACCCCCACCAAGAUGUCCCCCAUCAACAUGCUCUACUUCAACCGCAAAGAGCAGAUCAUCUAUGGCAAGAUCCCCUCCAUGGUAGUGGACCGCUGCGGCUGCUCGUGAGCGAGAGCUCUGCCGGGGAGGGGGAGGGGCUCAGCCAUGGUCUCCACCCUGGACUUUGGGACAGAUCCAUCCACCACUACCAGUGCUUUCUGCAGAACACGGUGCAAUAGAGCCAGAAUAGCAGCUAAAGAAAUGCCCGUCCAUUCGCUGAGCAGCGCUUCCAAAACGGACAUGUCUCCUUCAGUUUUAUUCAUUUUAAUUUUCUUCCCUCCUCCAAUCACAUGUUCGCGCCACAAUGGCCUAAAAUCACAUGGAUGUAGGAACACAACGCCUGUUGGACUUGGGAGUGGACGUAGUAGCCUAAAGUACGACACAUUUUCCCACAAAACUGUUAAAUGUUACACGCUCCGUCCAGUUAUUCAAACAUACAGACAUGGAUGGACACACACACACCAGACCUUGGUUCAAACAGUAUUUGUUUUCUUUCAAAUACUUUGACUGUUUGAUGGAGACGGGUGGGGUUUUCACUUUGGGGAAUAAGCACAGCUUAAGUAUCGGAAAGAAAAAAAAUCAUAUUUUAACCCUGGUCAGAAACAUACAGUGCCUUGCAAAAGUAUUCAUCCCCCUUGGCGUUUUUCU